AGGUUAGGCGGGAGGAACGGGUCAGUGGUGGUCAUAGACGUGCAGUGAACGGAUAUUUAUUUUAGCUUGUGGUGAAUUCUGGGUUGAUUUUUAUUCAAAGGAUUCGUAGUGCUGCAUUAGAUAGCCCAGUGUUAUUGUUUUGGGUGUAUUUUGCAGUUUUGGUUAAAAGAAAUAGUUCGGAUAUUAAAAUGUCUCCUGUUAAAUACUGUUCUUCCAUAACGCGUAAGAACUCUGUUAUCGGGAUCUUGCUGCUAAUGGCGUGUACUUUACCCGUGAAUGGUGUCUGGCCUCUAUGGAACCCGCCAGCCAGAUCAACAACAGUGUCUCCUCCUGUCGAUGACAAAGUGUCGUCGCCAGAGCAGGCUGUAGCCUCGUCUACGCUGGUCCCACCUCCAGUCCCAAUAAUCUGCACAACACCUGCGCCAGUUCUCACCACGCAGCGCUACAAUCCUAAUCGCGCUGGGGAUGUCCUUGUUCCUGGAUCCUUCGCGAGUCCCAGGGUGAGGCUUGGGGUAGUCCUGGCUCAAGAACUGUUGAGGUUGUUUAUGCACUACACUACAGCCCGUUUCAAGAGGGACAUGUCGCGAGACAUCAAGCCUCUCGCAUUGGUCAGGGAUUCUCUGAAAUUUUGUCUAUUGGCUUACAUGGGGUAUCACAAAGAGCAAGAAUGCAUAGAGCGAGCGGCAUGUGAGGCAGGAGAGCUAAUGAGUCGGUACAUUCCUGGAAUGCCUCUAAUGUUCGUAGCCCUCGACUACAUCGUCCCUGGACAGUACCGUCCACUAGUCAGGCUGGCGAAAGAUGCGGCGGAAGGCAACGUAUGCGUCUAUUAUAGAUGCGGGGUCUUGCCUUACGUACCAGACAGGCCGCAAUAGGCGUCAAGCACAGUUGGUGGAAGUUCAAUUGGACUUGUCAAAUUCUGCAUGUAAAUAAAAAGCCUAGUGUAGAGUUUUUGCCUAAAAGUUUAUGAAAGUCUUUUAGUCCUGCCUUCUAAAACUAGACUGACAGCACUUGCAAGGACAUGUUAGUUCCUGCAUGUGGAGAAAGAACUGUAUUAGUAUGUAAAUAAGAGUAAUGUUACUGAUUUAUAUUUUUCUUUAGACAUGACAUUUUGAUCUACUCAAUUGUGUGGUAUGUUAGUCGGUUUUAAUUUUUACUAAUGAACUUUUAAUAAAAGGCAAAUUUUUA